ACGAUGUCUGCAUCUCACAGCCGCUCGAGCCUUGAUGCCGAUUCCAAUGCGUGUGCGAGUGCAAAUGCCAAUGGAAGCUCGACACGGACGUCCUUACCAGGGCUUGGAUUCGAAGAUAAGGAGUUAUGCACACGACGAAGUAUGGACACAUACACACGUACGUAUGCACAUACACAACCACGUUCGAAUAUUAGAUUAAGUUUUAGCGGGGCGAAUCUCGAUGUGGAACGCGAACGAGAACGGGAGAGGGAGACUGGUAGCCCCCACACACCCGCACGUAUACAUGCACACGCAAGUGUGAAUACACCGAAUAUACACACACAUACACAACCACAUACGAAUGCACACACGCCUACGCAUUUGCAUUCACAACAACGUACAAGUGCAAGUAGGAGUGUGCAUGCUGGGGUUGUCAGUCCUGUGGAUAUGGGGUUUGGUGGCUACCUGAGAGACGCCAGCGCGUUUGGCACCAGUGGACGGCUGGUUGCUAAUUCUGCUGCCAGCGGUACAAAGCACAGUGACAGUAGCUUCAGCAGGAAUAGCAGUACAUGCAAGGGCAAGCAAGGAGCACUGCAUCAUCAUAGUAGUACCAGCGUCAGCCAUAACCAGUAUACUACCGAUGGGUUCAACAACCAAGGCUCGAGCUCCAUGGGCAAGAACGAAAACCUUGAGAAUCGGAACGGAGACUUCGGAGAAGAGUGCCGGGGCACUGGCAGUGAUAGUAUAGCGGCUGGUCCUGGGGCUGAUGCGGCUUCGAGUGAUGUGCCAAGGGUAGUGGCUAAGCUCAGGCGAACACGGAAACAGUGCCAAGACAGACGGCUUCUUCCCAGUGCUGUGUAUUGGGCCGAAAAGGCCCUGACGGCAUCGAAAGGGGACUGGGACGAUUUGUACUGGCUGGCGCAUCUGUACCUGGAGACGGCGCAGUACUCGCAGGUGAUCCAUCUGCUGGACGCGCACAGUGACUGCCUGAGACACCCAGCCUGUCGCUACCUACUUGCGAAAGCCCAUGCCCAGUGCGAGGCGUGGGACAAUGUUCUGUCUAUUCUUGAAGAUCCGAUUGAAUGCAGGCGAGAGGAUGCACGCAAACAAUACACAUUUAGCUCAUGGAAUUCCAGCAGCGCUAUACACUUAUUAAGGGGAGAAGCUUACAAGGCCAAGGACAGAGUCAAUCCAGCCAUACAGUGCUUCAAAGCGGCCGUGCGUGCUGAUCCCUACUGUCACGAGGCGUUCCGGAUAUUGACGUCUAAUUAUUACCUUGACCAAUCAGAAGAACAAGAGCUGUUCAACCACAUGUUGCGGCAGUGUGAUGACGAGGGGAGGGACACACUGCGCUUCCUCUACGGCGGCAUG